CGAGAACACGUAGUAUAUUGAGAAAGAUAUUGCACAAAUCAAACGGAAAUAUCAGGCCAUAAUAACGCAAACGCCCAUUAGAGAUGCACAAUUCUUUAUUAUGAAUGCAUAUUCCCUUGAAUGUGGGUGGUGGUAGUCGAUGCACCUGCAGGUCCGGAUGAUAACUUACCGUGGGAGACGUACCAACACAAGAGAGGAUUAACUUAAAUUAAUUAAUGUAAUUAACGUAGUUUGGCGCUGAAAGCGGUUAUCUAAGGGCUGGCUGUCUAAACUGCAGUGUUUUCUCUGACUAGAAUAAAAGCGUAUUCCAUCUUCGACGUGAACUACUGGAUGCUAAGUACGGCGUUGGCCACAUUGUCGACAUUUAAUCUUAAAAACCUUUAAAAAAGUACGUUUGUAUCCUACUGUGAGGACUUUUUGUUAUUGUUGCUCAGGCAUCAGAGAUGUGACGAACGUACCCGGUUGGAACAGUUAAUUGUUUACAGGGGCGCUGUAUAAUAUGGACUUGAAUGUUAUGGCCGAGAAGCCCAGUAAAAUGGAUUUAUUUUUCCUUUUUAUAUAAAAAUACAAUCUUUGUAUAUAUUUCUUGAUUUGAAAUCUAAAAAUUAAGCGAUUGAAUAAUAAUUAAAAAAAAACAUAUCGUAACGCACCCCUACUACUGCGAUGGUUUGAACCCAAUGUUCUGCAUUUGCGCGAUGUGAUGACGUAAUGUGACAAUGUGCGGUAAUAUUUGAGUUUGUGUGUGCAUGACUUUAUUAUUAUAAUAUUAUAUAGUAAGUUAAGGGCAAUUUAUUGUUGACAAAAUAAUGAGUAUCGAACAACUUGAACUGAAUCCUAGAAUCAUCAAAGCAGUCAAUAAUGCUAACAUUGGCGUAGCCAGGGACAUUCUCAAGUUUUCGGGACCCGACCUGCAGCGACUGACAAGAUUGUCCGCAUCUGACGUUCAUCAUCUUCAAACCGCUGUAGCUGCACUUUUCUGUCAAAAAACACCCGUUUCUGCUCUACAGCUUUACCGUGGGGAGUGUCCCGAGUGGGACUGUGGACUGCGUGUGUCGCUGGGGUGUCCGGUUCUGGAUGGUGUGCUCAGAGGUGGUCUCCUUCCCUGGGGUCUUACUGAGCUUGCCGGGCCCAGUGGAGCAGGGAAGAGCCAGCUGGCCAUGCAGCUCUGUCUCUCAGUGCAGUACCCAGUGCAGUAUGGAGGACUGGGCUCCGGUGCUCUGUACAUCUGUACAGAAGACUCUUUCCCCAUCAGACGUUUGAAGCAGCUGCAGAAUGAGCAGCCGAGUCUGAGGAGCGAUGUUCCUCCAGACGUGGUCUCCAGCAUCUGCUUCUCUGACAACAUUUACGUGGAGCAUGCUGCAGAUCUGGGGGCGCUGAUGGCGUGUGUGUCCCAGAGGGUGCCGGUGCUGCUGGCCCAGGGCCGGGUCAGGCUGCUGGUGGUGGACUCGGUGGCCGCUCUGUUCCGCUCCGAGUUCCAGGCGGACCAGGGCCUUGAGCGGUCGCGCCACCUGACGGCCUUCGCCACCGCCCUGCACAAGCUGAGCGCGUCCUACCAGCUCCCCAUCCUCUGUGUCAACCAGGUGACUGAUGUGAUGGAAGGGGAUUCUAACCAUGAUGCUGGGUUGAGACCAGUGGACAGUAAGGUGGUUCCCGCCCUGGGCAUGGCGUGGGCCAAUCAGGUGAUGGUCCGACUGAUGGUGACCCGCCUCCCAGGAGCGGUCUCCAUGGGAACUCAGAGCAGCGCUUGCCGCCGGUUGGAGGUGGUGUUCGCUCCUCACCUGGCCAGAGACAGUUGUCUGUUUGGGGUGUGGAGGGAGGGAACCAGGGGGCUUCCUUCUCCCCCAACACAGGACGCCAGCUCAUGACCACAACCCAAUUCUGUUGACCACUCCCCCUUAACAUACCGCCGCCCUUCAUGCCCCCAUGGGUCCGCCCUCUCGGCUCACCAGAUCUAUUGUGUGGAACUGAUGAUUAUUUAGCUCUUAUGCGAACAUGUAGAUAUGUAAAUGUUAUCUUUUUUUAUUUGAUUAAGAAUAUAUUGAGUUUGAUCUUUGUGUUGCAUGUUUUAAAUAAAACAUUCAACAGAAAUGUGUUUGGUUUGGUUUACUCCGAAGGCAUUAAAAGAUUAAAAUAAAAAGCUUAUUGGUUAUUAGUAGUAUCAGUUGUUUUUUAUUGUGUAAGCCAUCAGAA